AAAGAACCCAAAUGCAUGACCACCAGCAAACAAAGAACACCUCACCCCUUGGCUUCCCCCCGUGACAAGUACGUCCACGCGGAUGCGCCCACCAACAAGACGCUGGCUGGGCUGGUGGUGCAGCUCCUGCAGUUCCAGGAAGAUGCCUUCGGGAAGCACGUCGCCAACCCGGCCUUCACCAAGCUCCCGGCGAAAUGUUUCAUGGAUUUCAAGGCUGGAGGCGCCUUGUGUCACAUUCUCGGGGCUGCGUACAAGUACAAGAAUGACCAGGGCUGGCGGAGGUUUGAUCUACAGAAUCCAUCCCGAAUGGAUCGUAAUGUUGAGAUGUUUAUGAAUAUUGAAAAAACAUUGGUGCAGAGCAAUUGCCUGACCAGACCCAACAUCUACCUCAUUCCAGACAUUGACCUGAAGUUGGCUAACAAAUUGAAAGAUAUUAUCAAACGACAUCAGGGCACAUUCACUGACGAGAAGUCGAAAGCUUCCCACCACAUUUACCCGCAUCCUUCCUCACAAGAGGAUGAGGAGUGGCUGCGACCCGUGAUGAGGAGGGACAAGCAGGUGCUGGUGCACUGGGGGUCGUACCCCGACAGCUAUGAUACUUGGGUCCAUAGUAACGAUGUUGAUGCGGAAAUUGAAGAUCCACCAAUUCCAGAAAAGCCGUGGAAGGUUCAUGCAAAAUGGAUUUUGGACACUGAUGUGUUCAAUGAAUGGAUGAAUGAGGAGGACUAUGAGGUGGAUGAGAACAGGAAGCCCGUGAGUUUUCGACAGCGAAUUUCAACAAAGAAUGAAGAGCCAGUGAGAAGUCCCGAGAGAAGAGAUAGGAAGGCGUCAGCGAGUGCUCGGAAGAGGAAGCACUCGCCCUCCCCGCCACCCCCCACGCCCACAGAGUCACGGAAGAAGAGUGGGAAGAAAGGCCAAGCUAGUCUCUAUGGGAAGCGCAGGAGUCAGAAAGAGGAAGAGGAACAAGAAGACCUCACCAAGGACAUGGAGGACCCCACACCUGUGCCCAACAUCGAGGAAGUGGUGCUCCCCAAAAACGUAAAUCCAAAGAAAGAUAGUGAGAAUACACCUGUGAAAGGAGGAACUGUAGCUGAUCUAGACGAGCAGGAUGAAGAGACGGUCACAACAGGAGGAAAGGAAGAUGACGACCCCAGCAAAGGGGAUCAGAGUCGGUCAGUGGACCCUGGUGAAGAUAAUGUGACAGAGCAGACCAAUCACAUCAUCAUUCCCAGCUACGCGUCCUGGUUUGACUAUAACUGUAUUCACGUGAUUGAACGGCGUGCUCUUCCUGAGUUUUUCAAUGGAAAAAACAAAUCCAAGACUCCAGAGAUAUACUUGGCGUAUCGAAAUUUUAUGAUUGACACAUAUCGCCUGAACCCCCAAGAAUAUCUGACCAGCACCGCUUGUCGGAGGAACUUGACUGGCGACGUGUGUGCUGUGAUGAGGGUCCACGCCUUCCUAGAGCAGUGGGGCCUUGUUAAUUACCAAGUGGACCCGGAAAGCCGACCCAUGGCGAUGGGACCCCCGCCUACGCCCCACUUCAACGUGCUGGCUGACACCCCCUCUGGGCUGGUGCCUCUGCACCUUCGAUCCCCUCAGGUCCCUGCUGCUCAGCAGAUGUUAAAUUUUCCCGAGAAGAACAAGGAAAAACCGAUUGAUCUGCAGAACUUUGGUCUCCGUACUGACAUCUACUCCAAAAAAACCUUGGCAAAGAGUAAAGGUGCCAGCGCUGGAAGGGAGUGGACGGAGCAGGAGACCCUGCUGCUGCUGGAGGCCCUGGAGAUGUACAAGGACGACUGGAACAAGGUGUCGGAGCACGUGGGCAGCCGCACGCAGGACGAGUGCAUCCUGCACUUCCUGCGGCUGCCCAUCGAGGACCCGUACCUGGAGAACUCGGACGCCUCCCUGGGGCCCCUGGCCUACCAGCCGGUCCCCUUCAGCCAGUCAGGAAACCCCGUCAUGAGCACGGUAGCCUUCCUGGCGUCGGUGGUGGACCCUCGAGUGGCAUCUGCUGCAGCUAAAGCGGCUCUGGAGGAGUUUUCUCGGGUCCGGGAGGAGGUGCCCCUGGAACUGGUGGAAGCUCAUGUCAAGAAAGUACAAGAAGCAGCUCGAGCCUCUGGGAAGGUGGACCCCACUUACGGCCUGGAGAGCAGCUGCAUCGCGGGCACGGGCCCCGAGGAGCCGGACAAGCUUGAAGGAGCUGAAGAGGAAAAAAUGGAAACAGAAGCUGAUGGUCAGCAGCCGGAAAAGGCAGAAAACAAAGGGGAAAAUGAAACGGAUGAAGGUGAUAAAGCCCAAGAUGGAGACAAUGAAAAAAGCAGCGAGAAGGAACAGGAUAAUGAAGUUAGUGAGGAUAUCAAGUCAGAGGAAAAGGAGCCUGAAGAGAACAAGGAGCUCACUGAUGCUUGUAAAGAAAGAGAAAGCGAAGUUGGGAAGAAGAAAGUAGAACAUGAGAUUUCCGAAGGAAACGUAGCCACGGCCGCCGCAGCUGCUCUCGCCUCAGCUGCCACCAAAGCCAAGCACCUGGCUGCCGUGGAAGAGAGGAAGAUCAAGUCCCUGGUGGCGCUCCUGGUUGAGACGCAGAUGAAGAAGCUGGAGAUCAAGCUGCGGCAUUUCGAGGAGCUGGAGACGAUCAUGGACAGAGAGAAGGAGGCUUUAGAACAGCAGAGGCAGCAGCUGCUCACUGAACGCCAGAACUUCCACAUGGAGCAGCUGAAAUACGCGGAGUUGCGAGCCCGCCAGCAAAUGGAGCAGCAGCACGGGCAGAACCCUGCACAGGGCCACCAGCACCCGGGGGGGCCGGGCCUGGCGCCGCUGGGAGCAGCAGGGCACCGCAUGCUGCCUCACCAGCAGCCCCCGCCCUACCCUCUGAUGCAGCACCAGAUGCCGCCGCCCCACCCACCCCAGCCAGGUCAGAUCCCAGGCCCAGGUUCCAUGAUGCCCGGGCAGCCCCUGCCAGGCCGCAUGAUUCCCAGCGUCGCCGCCGGCAUCCACCCCCCCGGGAGCGGCCCCGCCCCUGCUGGGAUGCCGCCAAUGCCAGGGAGCAUCCUAGGACCCCGGGUCACCCUCACGGCCCCCAACGGCAUGUGUAAGUAG